AUGCCCAUUCUUGUGGAAUCUGAAGAGGCUGCUCGUGGUGAACAUAUCCUAGACGAGGCAAAGGUCGCACAUCGUCUUGCUGCCCUUCGCUCUCUCAACGGUGCAAAUCAAUCUCAUCAUAGUUAUGCCAAAUCUACCGGAGAAACAUUCAAUCAACCGGUGAUUGUGCGGACUUAUUCGGGAGCCGCUCGACCUCGCUCUCAACAACGGGAUCCUAUCGCUCUCAAAAAGCAGAAUGGAACAGCGGGCAUAGCAUCAAUUAAAAUGGAUAUGAAACUUCCACCAGUGGAAGCUUUUAGCUUCAAGGGAAUCAUGGACGAUAUAAGACAUGGUGUGAGUGAGGAUUUAGAAAGGAUCGCAGAGAUAUGUGCUAGGAGCAAGUAUAGUUUGGCAAAUCAACACGAAUUUCAUCAUCCCCCUCAUGGUUCUGGAGAUCGCAUACCACAAAUUGGCACUACUUCAAGACUAGAUUUGGGCGUAUCAACAUUACAAGCCGUUGAGCCGGAUGAAAUUCCUACAAGACAUUUUGCACGAAGCUCAAGAGGAAGUCGAAGAGGGAAAUCUAUCGCUUAUGGUACACUAGAAACUAUUAUGUCAUCGUCAAGAUCUUCUGAUGAGGAUAAAUCCAGGAAAAAGCCCGCCGCUGUCCUGGAAGACGAGGUGCGUGGCAGAGCAGUGAACAAGGAGGUUGAAAUAUCACCUUCAAGUUCCGAAGUGAUAGGAGACUCUGCCGCCCCGGUAACAAUUUCUGAAAGGCAACCUCCACCCAAGCACGCCCGGUCCAAAUCUGCCACAUUUGCAUCAAUGAUUAUAGACAAUGCUCAAGGCUUCAAACAGGAACAUAAACCACAAGUUGCAUCUCCCACCUUUCUUGUUAGCGAACCUGCUCGACCUCAGACAUCAGCUGCGGAUCUUGAACAUAUGCCUGCCUUUGAUAAAUUUACGCCCACCCGACCUUCCACUUUCCAUGAGAUGACAUUACCAAAGCCUACCUUGAUACGCAAUGAGUCAAUAGCUUCUACUUUAAGACCUGAGACUUCGCCGAGAUCGUCCAUACUCAGUAAUCUAAGUUCAUGGUUGCCCUGGAGUAAACCACCCAGCCCAGAAUGUUUUAAGCCAUUGGAUCGCGAGUUCUCCUAG